CAUACUCAUUUUAUGAAAUUAUAUCCGUGGUAUAUUCUAAAAGUAUCUUCUAUGUAUACAUAUUUGGUAUUUGCGUAAAAGAUUAUCCAGCUAAUUAUUUAUUUUAUGCCAAGCUAAAUAUACUAAACAUCUUUAUAUUGUUUUGUCUGAAGAUCUACGUAUUCAUUAAGCUGCAAUAUCAUUCAGCCAAAAAAAUGUACAACGGCUUAGUAGGGUUUGCAUGUAACUUUAUUGCAAUGUUAACAUGUAGUUGUACAGGCAGAAUGAACUAAGUGCGCUUAAUACUAGCUUCGCACCGUAGCUAACUUCACUCAGUUGCGACUCACGCGCCGAUGUAACGUUUGAUGCUCUGAUAAUUGUUGUGAAUAAUUUGUUUAGAAUCCUAAGUUAAUGACACUGUGUAAUAAAAAUGAGUGCCAGGAGUAGAAGACUCGUUAGAAUGGCCACGAAAGACAAGGAUGGAAACCAUAAACACGAGCAGGAGUACGAACAACGCCAGGCUUCAGAUCUCGACGAGUCACAAGAACGUAUAGCUGAUCAGAUGCAGCAGAUAUUUAAUGAUAAUAUUUUUCUCGAUGAUAGCACGCCAGAGUCGGAGCAAGAGCUACCACGGACUAAAAUAACAUUGCCUGCAAGGCGAAUCUCGGAAACGACAUCAGAGUCAGAGUCGUCAUUAUUCGGCGGCGACUUUUCUGAUAACGAUCCUACGUACCAUCCAGACGAAGAGGACCAGCAGCGGUCUCCUGGCAACCACAGCGAUGAUGAUGGUGGUUUAAUUACGUUGCAGGACUUAUUAGGCCCCAAUGCUAAGGAAAACAUUGAAUCUUUUACUAUAUCACCAGAGCCAGACACCAUUCACCAAUAUGAAGAGAUAAAUAAUGACACAGUCUCUGACAUUGCUACUCUAAUAUUAUCAGAUGUGUUAGAGUUGGUUUGGGCAGAAGUGAAAACAUUAAGCCGUUGGCGAACUGCCGAUCCGAGCAAUUGGAAAAAAAAUGUCGCAAAAAAGAGACGUGCGGAAGGGUUGUCGUAUACAACUAAUAACCAAAUAAGAGCCCCCAAAGUCCCUAAGACAGUUGAUUGUACAAAAUGCUUAUUCAAAUGUACAGAUACAUUCACCGAACAAGACCGAGCGAAAAUUUGUAGAACCUACUGGCAUUUGGACUUUGUAAGCAAAAAAAACUUUAUACUGGCUCGUAUUACAGUCCAGCCACCAAAGAAAAUCCUGGUAGAGAGAAAACGACCAGCUAGACCUUACACUACAAAGUGUUAUUUUGAUUUAGGCACAGAGAAGCGACAAGUUUGUCAGAAAUUCUUUUGCUCUGCUUUAGGCAUCUCACGUGCAACACUCAGUGACGCUGUUAAAAACCGAGAUGAACUUGGAUUUUACUCCGGUGCUGAUGGACGAGGACAUCAUGUUCCGCCAAAUAAAACUCCCCCAGAAAAGGUGCAAGAAGUACUUGACCACAUUUCUUCCUUUCCUACAAUGGAGGGACAUUAUAUUCGUAAAAAAUCUAAACGUAAAUAUUUGGAAAGCACACUUUCAGUGAAUAAAAUGCAUGAACUUUAUUUGCUAGAGUAUGAAAACAACAAUCCUGUGUCUGCAAUAACUUAUCGCAGAAUUUUCUCGACUCAGUUCAACUUGAGUUUCUUUGUCCCAAAAAAAGACCAGUGUCAGGCAUGUAACAAGUACACCUCAGCACAAGAUAAAGAUAAAGCUGAUCUGGAAACGACCUAUAGCGAGCACAUACAAAGAAAAGUUGCAUGCGAGGCUGAAAAAGAAAGAGACAAACAAAGAGCAGGGACCGAUCCAACCUUUUUAUCUGUGUCUUUUGAUUUGCAAGCUAUAUUACAAAUACCAUGUUCAAAAGUUGGCUUGCUUUAUUACGUGCGUAAACUGACCGUAUACAAUUUGACCGUGUAUGAGAGUGCCUUACCCAACAAUGCCUUUUGCUUUUCCUGGUCCGAAGUACAUGGCAAAAAGGGAAGCGCGGAGAUUGGUACAAUUUUAUACCAUUACUUGUCAAAUUGUAUCUCCACGAACGUAACAAGUGUGUCUUUGUUCUCCGACACCUGCGGUGGUCAAAAUCGUAACCAAAACGUUGCGGCUAUAUUACUUUGGGCUGUUAACGAAAUCGAUCAUCUUCAAGUCAUUGAACAGAAAUUUCUUGAGUCGGGGCAUUCUUACAUGGAAGCCGAUUCAAUGCACAGCAGUAUUGAAAGUUCUAAGAAAAACAAGGACGUAUUCUCUAUGACAGAUUGGAAAAACAUUUUUAAGAAUGCUAGAUCGAAAGGAGUGUACAAUGUUGGCAAAAAAAAGGUAAAAAAAGAUCCCUAUAAUGUUAAAGAAUUUAAAUACAACGAGUUUUACGACCUAAAACGUCUAGCUGAAGCUAUAUUGAAAAAUAAAAGCAAGGACUGCAAUGGGAAUAAAGUCCUCUGGCUAAAGAUCAAAAAAAUGAAAUACGUCAAAGGCGACUCAAAAAUAUACUUCAACUACGACUCAUCUGAAGAUUAUUUGAACUUUGAUACCAAGGCGACGGCGACCCCCCAAUCUGGCUCUCGGUACAGGACAAGGAACCAAAACAAGUCGAAUCCUGGCUCUGUGGAACCACCUCCGACUCCUGAAGCAUUUCUUAGUCACGGUUUAAAAAAAAUGUACGAUAAACCCUUGACGAUCUCUGCAGCAAAGAAAAAGGAUUUACUCAGUCUUUGCGAUAAAGGCGUCAUUCCUGAAGAGUAUCAUGGUUGGUUUCGCUCGCUUAACUGUGACAAUGAUGUUAUUGACCGAGUUCCGGAUGUUGCAGCAUCAGAAUCCAGCAGUGAUGAAGACGAUUGUUAA